AAGUAUACUACAGUGCCAGUAAAAAAAUCUUUAUAAAGUGAAUAAAACACAUUAAUAGUUCUUGUUGAAACGUUCUGAAGAUCAGAAUGGAUUUAUUAUUGAAUUAUGUGAAGGAAGGGUUUAAUAAAAGACUUAGACUCUUAAUAAAGACUUAGGAGUCACAUUUGAUGAACAGUUGCGUUUUGUGCAACACAUAAAUAAUGUAACAGCAAAUGCAUUAAAAUCUUUGGGCUUUAUUAUUCGCAACUGUCUGAGACUAUCUGUGUGGGUUUAAGAACAGUAUUAUGCUUUGGUUUUAUCUAAAGUGGAAUAUGCAUCUAUUGUAUGGUCUCCACAAUACCAAGCUUAUUCUACUACGUUGGGGAGAUUGCAGAAUAAUUUUUUGAGAUAUUGUGCAUAAAAAUUAAACAUACGCAUUACUAAUCAUGAUUAUACCUAUAUUCUAAAAACACUAGCCUUACUAAUCAUGAUUAUACCUAUAUUCUAAAAAUACUCGUGAUUUGGUAUUUGUGCUUAAAUUAAUAAAUGGUUUAAUUUGUUUUCCUGAACUUCUCCAAUCUAUUAAUUUGUAUGUUCUCUCUCCCUCCAGAAGUCCCAGAUAUGUUGAUUUGUUUUAUAUACCUUUUCAUCGAACAAACUAUGGUAUGCAUUCGCCCGUUGAGCGAACACUAAAAAUUAUAAUCGAGAAUAACUUGGAAAUAUUUGGUGUCUCCUUGGCUGCUUUCAAGAAUUGGAUUAAAAGAGCUUGACAAGUACUUUUUUGUUUAUUUUUAAUUGAUUUGUGUAAUAGAUGUAAUAUGUGUAAUGUAAUUUGUUUAUUGUGUAAUUAAGACUUUAAUUUUACUCUAGUUUAUAAGAAAUUACAGAGAUUGAUUUUAUACUGUGUGUUUUGUAAUGGGGAUAAUCCCGUAUAUAAAUAAAUAUUACUGGACACCUAGGUGUCCACAAAAAAAAGGGCGAUAGAACGAGGACAAAGUUAUCUAGACUGCAACAAUGAACUUCAUCUAGACUGCAAACUGCAACCAACCAACACCUGAAGGCCUGGUGGCCCUGAACAACUACAACCCCAGAGCCCGUUGCAGAACCAACAGCAGUACCAUUCGACAUCAAGAAGUUACCAUCGAACCAGUGCCACAAGCCAUAUCUAUGGAAGUAAAAGUUGAAACUAAGGACGAGUUUGCAGAAGAUGACCAAAAGUAUAUAGGAACUCAGCUGACUACAUCUCUAGAUCUCAAAGACCUGAAUAAUGAACAAUGUGAAGAUAACUUAAACUUAGGUCUUUCUUAUAAGAAAAACCGAAUGGAAAUGAUGAAAAUUUUACCUGAAGAUUCGUUUAGUAUAAACCAGAUAAGCCUGAACUCCGAAGAAGUGACAAGAAAUAAUUCUAUUUGUUGUAAAGAUUUGAAUUACAAAAAUAAUGUAAACGAACAUAUGAACAUCGAAACUGGAGAAGGAUGGGAGAAGAACAAAUGUGAAAUUUGUUUUAAGCAGUUUUCUCAGAACAGUAAUUUAACACGACAUAUGAGAGUGCACACUGGGGAAAAACCUCACCAGUGUGAAAUUUGUUUAAGGCAGUUUUCUCAAAAAGGUCUUUCUUACAAGAAGAACCGAAUGGAAAUGAUAAACAUUUUACCUGAACAUUCGUUUAGUAUAAACCAGAUAAGUCUGAACUCCGAAGUAGUGACAAGAAAUAAUUAUAUUUGUUGUAAAGAUUUGAAUUACAAAAAUAAUGUAAACGAACAUAUGAACAUCGAAACUGGAGAAGGACGGGAGAAGAACAAAUGUGAAAUUUGUUUUAAGCAGUUUAAUACCUCAAGCAGUUUGAAACAGCAUUUGAGCGUGCAUACUUUAGAAAAGUAUCCCAAGUGUGAAAUUUGUUUAAAACUGUUUUUUGACGAAAGUCAUUUGAAUAGACAUAUGAGAGUGCACACUGGGGAAAAACCUCACAAGUGUGAAAUUUGUUUAAGGCAGUUUACUAAAGCUGGUGGUUUGAAAGCACAUUUGAGGCUGCAUAAUGGAGAAACGCCUUACAAGUGUGAAAUUUGUUUUAAGCAGUUUUCUCAAAAAGGUAAUUUGAGUUAUCACAUGAAAAUUCACACGGGAGAAACACCUUACAAGUGUGAAAUUUGUUUUAAGCAGUUUUCUAAGAAGAGUAAUUUAAAACGACAUAUGAGAGUGCACACUCGGGAAAAACCUCACCAGUGUGAAAUUUGUUUAAGGCAGUUUACUGAAGCUGGUAGUUUGAAAGAACAUUUGAGGCUGCACACUGGAGAAAUGCCUUACAAGUGUGAACAUUGCUUCAAAUCGUUCAUUCGAGCAUUUGAAUUGAAAAAUCAUAUGAGAAUGCACACCGGAGAAGAGUACACAUGUGAAAUUUGUUUUAAGCAGUUUAGUUCCUCAAACAGUUUGAAACAGCAUUUGAGAGUGCACUCUGGGGAAAAACCUCACAAGUGCGAAAUUUGUAGUAGGCAGUUUUCUCAGAAAUGUCAUCUGAAAAUACAUUUGAGAUUACACACUGGAAAAACACCUUAAUCGUGAAAUUGGUUUCAAUCAGUUUUCUCAGCAAAAUAAUUUAAAACAACAUAUGAGAGUGCACACUGGGGAAAAACCUCACAAGUGCGAAAUUUGUUUGAAGAAAUUUUCUCAGAAAGAUCAUUUGAAUGUACAAGUGUAAUUACACACUGGAGAAAGAUCUUAAUCGUGAAAUUUGUUUUAAUCAGUUUAGGAAAGUACUUUGAAGAGACAUGCGUUCAUUUGGAAAAAUACGGUUACAUCUCAAAAUGUUAAAUUGAUUGCAUCAAUAGCUUCUACUAUAGAAAAAAUAGUUACAUGUGUAAGUACACUAGGAAUAAGACCUAUUUGACAAGAAAUAACCAAAUACGGUAGAACUAAAGGCGUACUGGGCUCAAUGGGAAUCUAUAUCUUUCGAAUCGUCUAUUAUAUAGGAAGUGGGAAAGUCCUCCCUGCGAAGAAGAAUGUUAAUCCCUGACUACAUUGAAAGCUUAAGAGAAAAACUGGAAAAAGUCUGAAUUUGCGGGUAAAAGUUUGAAGCUCCAAAUUGGUAAAGCUAGGUCUAGGCUCGAUAUGCGUGCUACUGGGCUAAUUUUCGAAAGAGGUGACCCAGUAUGGUUAUACAAUCCCACACGCAAGAAAGGAAUUUGUCCGAAAAUUUAACGGAACUGGGAAGGCCCGUACACCGUCUUGAAGAAAAUAAAGGAUCUAGUGUAGCGCAUCCAGUUUUCAGCUGGAAGUAAACCCAAAUUAUAGUCGGUUCGCUAAACUAAGACACAACUGGCUAGUGAUUUUAGUAAGUAAUUUUGCCAAUUUGGAAAAAUUGGCAAAAAAAUAAUUGUUAAAGAGGAAAAUAACGAAAAGCCCCAGAUACAAAGUUUACCACCUUUUAAACAAUUAGAAUAAUUGAAAUAAAAAUAUAAUAAACAAUAUUUUAAAUCUAAGACUUUUCGUUAAUAAACUGCUUUCUGGCUGCAUCCCGUAUCUCCGGAUUUUACAAUAUAUAAUCACAAGAGACGACGAAAGUAAGAGAAAGCAAAUAGAGGACGCUUAGGCCACGCAUUUACCUUCGUCAAGGAAAAGGACCGAAAGACAGUUUCUAAAUACUCAAACUGAGUAAAAAUGAAAAAGAUCAAGGCAGGUUUUGUUUAUAUUUGAUUCAGAGUUGGACCACCAUCUCCAUAUAGUUAUUUCAGCAUCCUUAUGCCUCAUCAGUGAAGCUCAGAAGUCUCAACUCUGAAGGAAAUACAAACAAUUCUGCCAAUUUAAGGCAAACCAUCGCAAUGCAAUGGACCCACCUCUGAGACGCAAUUUAGCGACAUCUCUCUAUAUUUUUAUUUCAAUUAUUCUAAUUGUUUAAAAGGUGGUAAACUUUGUAUCUGGGGCUUUUCGUUGUUUUCCUAGUAAUACGAAGAUGUCGCUAAAUUGCGUCUCAGAGGUGGGUCCAUUGCAUUGCGAUGGUUUGUCUUAAAUUGGCAGAAUUGUUUGUAUUUCUUUCAGAGUUGAGACUUCUGAGCUUCACUGAUGAGGCAUAAGGAUGCUGAAAUAGCUAUAUGGAGAUGGUGGUCCAACUCUGAAUCAAAUAUAAACAAAACCUGCCUUGAUCUUUUUUAUAAUUGUUAAAGAGUUAAUAAUUACUAAAUAAAUAGUAAUUUUGCCAAUUUUGACAAAAAACAAAAAAAAAUUGUCUACUAAAAUCACUAGCCAGUUGUGUUUGAGUUGAGCGAACCGACUAUAGUUCAUAUUAGAGAUUAGCCCCAUAUCAUUAGCCUUGGGGAAGCGCCCUGAAAACACACAUUCUCCCACUGGAAAUCAUACAAAGAUUUCUGAAAAUUAUUAUGUCUAAACCAUACACCUACUCUACAGAUAGAUUAUAUAAGGAUAGUAAUAUAUUUGACUUGAAACAGUUAUACUUUCUUUGUGUGUCUUUAAAAUAUCACACCAUGAAAACAGACAACAAUUUACCAUCACAUGAGCAUGAUACAAGAGGCAAACACCUCUAUAUGAUUCCAAAAAUGACAAAGUCCUUCUGUAAAAGAAGUUUUCUAUUUCUAGCCCCAAAAAUAUAUAAUCAUAUCCCCAGUGAUAUCAAAAAUACUAAGAAUGUUCUUCUAUUUAAAAAGAAAUUAAAAUCAUUUCUGAUGGAACAAACAAGAAAUUUUUGUGACGUCAUUAUAAUAGCUUAAAUUUACAUACAUUAAAAAACAAAAAAAAAUAAAUGAAACUCUAGAGUCACUACCAAUUUUUAUACCUAUAUUUCAAAUUUUAUAUUGUUUUAAACUGAUUUAUUUUGCUUAUUAUUUUUAUCAUAUUUAAUAAAACAUGCGUAUAUACACCAUUCUUCAAAAAUAUUACUAAUUGAGCCAUACAUAAUUGUUAAAAAAAAUUAAUUAUUCGUGCUUUAUUGUUAAACUAAGUAUUUAUUUUAUUGUUUUCAUUAUAUUAUUUAUUCUACGUAUCAUAUUUACUAAAACAUAACUGUGUAUUUACAAUUAAAAAAACGUACCUAUCUAUUUAUUGUAUUAUGUUGCUAUUUAUGUUAUUUACGUUAAUAUGUUAUUAUUUAUUAUUUUAUAUCCUAUUUACCGAAACAGGUGUAUCCACACCUCUAAGAGACCUUCGGGUUAAUUUAUUCACUUUAUAUGUAAAUAUCUAAAAAGAUUGUACCUAUUAUUGUUGAAUAAAUUAUUAUUAUUAUUAUUAUAUCAUGGGACUGAUCCACCCUGUUGGCUUCAACCAGACCCUGAUAGACCAGUUAUUCGAGGCGAAUAACUAAGUGAGGGAGCAGUGUUACGACAGUUCCGUAGACUAAUCCUACAUAGAAAAAUUCCCUUGACGAGAAAGAAGAAGUAGUCACUUACGAGAAUGUUCUAGAUGUCAUGGAAUAACCAUGAAGGUCUGGUGACGUCUAGAACGUCAGAAAAUCUAUAUCAACAUAUGUGUUUUGACGUUUUUGAACAGUUAUAAUUCUGAUUUGAAAGAUUACAAUUGUCAGUUUUGUAAAACUUAAGAAUUAUUGUAAUACUGUUGAAGUUUAAUAAAUUAAUUUUUAAAACAA